UCUAAUCCUCGUGACUGGUAUUGACCCACCGGACCUCGAGUUUUCCCACUCCACCCUCAUUCCCUUUAGAAGCUCAGGCCCUGGAUGAGGGUUAGAGGGGAGGUCGGCACUUUGCCAUGGCUCAUUCGUCUGACACGGCACGCAAAGACAAGACGAAUGGGGCUCAUCCCAGUGCCCAGCCAGGGUCCUCAGGCACUUCGACUCUACCACGCUACCUGCACAAGAAGCAGCAGCGCCAGAGAGGAGUGAGAUCUUCCUCUCCUAUGGGCAGGGUCAUCCUCAUCAAUGCACCUGUCGACGGUGGGGAUGACAGUGAAGACAUCCACACAAUUACUGUGGACAAAAGUGAGGAUGGAAGGCUGGGCUUCAGUGUGCGGGGAGGCUCUGAACACGGCCUGGGAAUCUUUGUCAGCAAGGUGGAGGACGACAGCUCUGCAGAGUUGGCAGGCUUGUGUGUCGGGGAUAAGCUGGUUGAGGUGAAUGGCAUAAGUCUGGAGAGCAUCACCAUGAGCAGUGCUGUAAAAGUCCUGACAGGAAAUAAUCGUCUGCGCAUGGUGGUAAGACGCGUGGGGAAGGUGCCUGGUAUCCGCUAUUCAAAAGAGAAGACUACAUGGGUAGAUCUGAUCCACCGAAGGAUGGUAGUGGAAGAAAGUGGUCGCACACCUUCAGAGGCCAGCUCAGAUGGUGCCCUGCGCAGAAUAGUGCACCUUUACACAACUUCAGACGACUACUGCCUGGGCUUCAACAUACGCGGCGGCAAAGAAUUUGGCCUGGGCAUCUACGUCUCAAAGCUCGAUCCUGGUGGCCUGGCAGAGCAAAAUGGAAUUAAAAUGGGGGAUCAGAUUCUGGCAGCCAAUGGAGUGAGUUUUGAGGACAUCACACACAGCAAUGCAGUAGAAGUGCUAAAGAGUCACACUCACGUGAUGCUGACCAUCAAGGAGGCUGGCCGAUAUCCUGCUUACAAGGAGAUGGUGGCGGAGUACAGCUGGCUUAAUAAAUUGGCUAAUGGAGGCCAGCCCUCUUCCUCCCAGGGUUCAGACUCCUACUCCUCCACUUCCUCUCUCUCCUCCGGGACGCCGGUCAGCUCUCUCAGCGGCCUCUCGCAGGUCAUGUUCCCUCCUGUAUUCGGCUCAGAGAUGGUGGAUGUCUGCAUCUCAACCGAGGACCGCUCACGGCGGACCAGCUCUGAACGGAUAGAGACCGCCAUCCAGACGGACCCGCCGGAGCCCGACGCCACAUCACGAUCUAGUAGGGUCAUAACCACAGAAACCAGCCGAACGGUUGGUGAAACUGUCCUGUUAAAAGACACAGUGAUCCGCAGUGGGACUGCCAAAUCUCGGACAAGGACCUUCUCUGCCGGGGAUAAAGAGACUCUGGACUCUCCUAAAACCGCAGUCCUGAUGGCUCUCAGCAAGCCUCGGAAACCCAUCCGCCGAUCCCAGAGUCACAUCACUGUCUCAGAGGACAAGCAGAAGAAAAAGAAGCAUCAAAAGGACAAGGUAGAGAUGGAGGGAAGCACUCUGCAGCGCUCCAAAACCUUUGUCAGCUUGCUCUUUAAAAGCGGACGCAAGAGGGAAAGGUCGUCCUCAAGAGACAGGAAGGACAAAGGGACAGGGGAUGGACACAGAGGAAGAUCCAAAUCCCCAAAACAUUUAGAUAAUGAACCGGGUAAAGAGCGGGGUCGACCCAUAAUUAACCUGUUGAGUUCUCCCAGAGAGACUCGUGCUGGUAUGAGGGAGCACAGCCCCAUCCCCAGCCCGGAGACCAUGGCCAUGUUGGAGGAUAUGGCCCGCAAGCUGCUCAACGAGGAUGAGGUGGUGGCUGUCAUGAGACACUGUAAAAGGUUUCUAGUUGAACGUGUGGUUGAGGAUUUGGUGCGCCCCCUGUUGGCCAUCUUGGACAAACCUGAGAAGCUUCUGCUGCUAAGGGAGAUAAGAAUGAUCAUCCCUCCCACAGAUCUGGGCCGUUUUGACAGUAUGGUUUUGCCCUUUGAGCUCGAAGCCUAUGACAUACUAAAAAACCGCUCUGUAAGGUCUCCUGUCCUGCGUUCUCCUCAUCAUGGCGGAACACCCCGUCGCCAUCUAAUAACUCCCAUCCCAGAUUACCGUGGUGGAUUCCACCUUCAGCCGGUGCAGGAUCUGGAGAGAGAACGGCAGCUCAUUGAAGAUCUGGAACGACUGCGUUUGGCAGGUUUACCGACUGGACGACUUCCUCCUCCUCGAACUUUCACACCACUUUUGGAUGUACCUGUGGACACUUACAUCACAGACUCACUUCGUAAUCGCUCACUGAGUCCUGCUCGUCCCGGCUGGACGCACUCAGAGUCUCCUCACGGCACGGAACGCAUCGGACGCUCCCCCCAGAGAAGAGACAAUGGUUUCCCCAGGACAUCACACCAUGACUCUUUAUCCAGCAGGGGUGAAUCUGUCCCAGAACGAGGGAGAUCCCCUUAUAGGAAUGGACAUAGAAUGAAAACAGACAAAUCCCAGAAUGGCAAAGAGGUAAAGCAUACCGUAAUGAGUGCACACCGCCGGAGUAGGACACCACUGACCCAGGUGUUUGCACCCAGCUCAGAUCAGGACUGGAAAGAACCAGUGAAUGGACACUCAGAAAGCCAACCAGAGCAAGAGUACGAACUAACCGUGGUUUCUAUCUCUAAGACCAAACAGUCCCUUGGAAUAAGCAUCUCAGGUGGGAUUGAGUCAAAGGUGCAGCCAAUGGUGAAGAUAGAGAAGAUCUUUCCAGGAGGAGCGGCAUCUACCAGUGAUGUUUUGAAGGCUGGAUUCGAGCUGGUGUCAGUAGACGGAGAGUCCCUCCAAGGUGUUACACAUCAGCACGCAGUGGAUGCCAUUCGAAGGGCUUUCAGCAACAAGGCCAAAGACCCCAUGGAGUUUAUCGUCAAAGUUCCCAAGAACCCAAGAGACUGACUGAAACAGCCAGGAACUCAAUGAGUUUGCAGUAAAGGCCUUGAUAUACUUACAGCAAAGUUCUUUAACGUUCUUCACUUGGGUAAAACGAGCAGUCACAGCGGCCAUUAGAUCAAAAUGUAAAUAUGUGCUACACACUCUUCUCUCAAUAAUAAGGUAAACAUAGAACAAAAAUGACAGCAGUAAGCAGAAGUUAAAUGGAUUGAUCACCCAAAAGUGAAAAUUAGCUUAAAGGGAAAGUUCACCCCAAAAUGAUUUACUCACCCUCAAGCCAUCCUAGGUGUAUAUGACUUGCUUCUUUCAGACGAAUACAAUCAGAAUUAUAUAUUAAUGUCCUGGCUCUUCCAAGCUUUAUAAUGGGAGUGAAUAGCCCAAAAGAAGUCCAAUAAAGCACAUCCAUUCACCGUAAAAGUUCCCCACAUGGCUUCAGGGGUGAAUAAAGUCAUCCUGAAGUGAAUCAAUGUGUUUUUCUGAGAAAAAUAUCCAAAACUUUAUAAACUGUAAUCUUUAGCUUACGCUAACUGUUGUACGCAUGUUUGGAUGAUGUAGGAUGUAAGCUCACAGGAAUCCUGAUUUGUUUACAGGUGGAACGGAAGCAAAUUUUCCUUUGUUUAGCAAAGAAAAACCAGUCCACUCUUGGCCUACAUUGAAAUUGUCCGACAUUUUUCUUUACAAAUCCUUGUUUUGUACUUCUAAUUCAUGACCUGUGUUUCGUUUUUUGCUUUCACCACUGCGCUUCCACAUUUGUCACUUCUUAUCAGAGCUUGUGCCGCAUUACAGAGUGGAAAUGUCCCACUUAAAACGUCAGUGAGUUCCAGUCUAUCACAUGUCACGUUAACAUAUUGACAUCAUAAAGUUUUGUGUUUUUGUGUCAAUUAUGGCAAAAACAGAAAAUAAUGAAGAUAAAAUGCUGCCUUUCAAUUUGAAAACAGCUAAUGAAAAGCAAAAAUCAAGUUUUCAUUUUAUGAACUUAACAUGUAACGUUUUUACCCAGCAGGCACCGGACGUCAAUGUAACGUCAGGUUUACAUUGGACAGACAGAUCAGAUCAGACAGACGUUGAAUUUGGGUUGAGAAUGAAAAUCGUCAGUAUUUGAGGUCAAAUUGAUGAUUUUGGUUACACAACCUAAAAACAACAAAAUAUCAACGUCAGCUGAUGUUGGUAUUGGACAUCAAAUUAAUGGUGACAUUAGACGUUGAAUUGACACUGAUUGAUUCGGGACGCCUUUAUUAACCCCCGGAACUAUGUGGAGCACUUUUUAUGAUGGAUGGAUGCCCUUUAUUGAACUUAUUUUGGACUAUUAAAAAAUAACACCCAUUCACUGCCAUUUUAAAGCUUGGAAGAGCCAAGACAUUUUUUAAUAUAACGCUGAUUGGAUUUGUCUGAUAGAAGAAAGUCAUAUACACCUAGUAUGGCUUGAGUGUGAGUAAAUCAUGGGGUAAUUUUAAUUUUUGGGUGAACAAUCCCUUUAAGAUAGAUUUACACUUCAGGUUCUCCCUCAAGCCAUCCAAGAUGUAGCUGAGUUUGAGUUUCUUCAUUGGAACAGAUUUUGAGAAAUUUAGUAUUAUAUCACUUAUUUACCAAUGGAUCCUUUGCAGAAUGAGAGUUUAUCAAAACAUCACAAUAAUCCAAAAGUACUCCAAAUGACUCCUGUCUGGAGGGUUAGUAAACUGUUCGCAAAUUUUCAGCAUUUUUGGUGAACUAUUCCUUUAAGAAAGCAACAGCGAAGUGGAUAUGUUGGCACAAGUUUUGCAAUUCAUAAUUCCAGGCAAGUUGCUCAUUGAUAUCGCACUUUAUACAAUAGAUAUACAAUAAAGCAAGCGGAUUUACAGUGUUAAACAUGAAAUAAAGAGUGUCAGUGUCACCUUCAAUUAAAAUUACAACUUCAGUUUCUACUGUGAAGAAGCUCUCCAGUGUGCUCAUUUAUUUACUCGUGUCUGAUUUUGACAGACUGAACAGAAGAUGAGAUUUCACAGUCCCAGAGCACAGUUACCUACUGUAUUACGUAACCUCCUUACGGACCAAUGGUAGUUUGAAGGUGUUUACAGCUGAAGCAAACUUUUUUGGCAAUCCGCUUUGAUUUCCUGAAAAGAACCCCAAUGAACUUUUGGCCUGGCUUUGUUCAAAAUGACAUCACACCAGUUCCUUCUUGAAUUUUGCUUGAAGUAUAUCGGGGCCUUAGUGCUGCAGGGUAUAAACAGAAGACUUGCUUGGUUUGAAAGAGAAAUCAUGCCAUCGUGCCCUUCAGUGGGGGUCGAGGCAAACCCCUGAGCGAGAAUUCAAAAAUGGGCUUCCAGAGAGUGCUAUUGGCCAUUCACAGAUGCUGACCUUUUCCCUUCUUGUUAUUGUUAUUUGCUUUUGAAUCUAUUCCUUUUCUAUUUUGAAUCUAUUCUAUGAAACCUAAUAAAACAGCCAGAACUCUUCACUUCCACCAUUAAGGGAUCUGACACCCUGUAUAAACAUGAGAUAUUGAGGGUUUCUAUUUUUGGUUGGUUUAAGCCUCGAGCUAGAUAAGAGCGUGCUGGCAUGACAUGCUGAUAAUCAUAAGUCAUAACACUACCCAUCCAUCCGGGCUACAGUCUCCACAGUCAUGCCUGAGAGAGAUUACAUACAGCCACAGUAUGGAUUGAGAUUGAGAUUAGGUCUUUUUUUCUUUUAAAUUGCUGGUUUGGUUUAGUGAAUGUCUGGGGGAUUAUUACAAAUGAGGCUCUAUGUCUCAUUUUACAUCCUGUGCUCUAAGUGAAUGUCUAUUUUUGGCAACUUAUGCUUAUAUUUAGCAUUUUUUUUAUAUUUGUGCCUUAAAGCUGCACAUAUGGACUGUGCAAUUAAGAUCUAAACGUUGUGAUAAUUGUAGGAUCAGUGUUAUAUACUGAACUUUUUUUUUUCUCUGUAUGCAUCUAAAAAAAGCAUGUGUAAAGCAUCUGGUCUGCAUUUUUGCAGUUUGUUUUAUUACAAAAGGCAUUGUGUGAUUAUAAAUAAAAGGUUAAAUAUUGUCGGU